GGGCUCCCCGCCCCGCACCCUCCCGCGGCUGCCAGCCGGCACGGCUUCCUCCCCCCGGGUGCCGGGCUCGGCUCUCCUCCCCGGCGCCGCUUCCCUCCUCCCCUCGCCGGCGGAGGAAGGAGGUGGCCGCCGGCCCUCCCCGACCGCGCAUGCGGCUGUGCCGAGCCGGGGCAGCGCCGCUGCGCUUGGGGGCUGAAGUGUGGGUGUCCCUUCCCUGGCGGGCCCCCGUCAGCGCCCCCGCAGAUGGGCUUAGGCUGGAGCAGCGCGGAGGAGCGGCAGCCCCUCCUGCCACCGCCGCCACAGCAGCAGCAGCCACGGCGGCGGCCGCAGCCGCGGGGUCCGGCAGGGGUACCGGCGGCGGUGCCGGUGCGGCGGGUGGCGCCGCUGGCAGGCCGCGUCUACGGGCGGCGGUGGCUGGUGCUGCUGCUGUUCUCGCUGCUGGGCUUCGCGCAGGGUCUGGUGUGGAACAGCUGGGGCCCCAUCCAGAACUCGGCCCGCCUGGCCUUCGGCUUUAGCGGCUGGGACAUCGCCCUGCUCGUCUUCUGGGGGCCCAUCGGGUUCGCGCCCUGCUUCUUCUUCAUGUGGCUCAUGGACAAGAAGGGUCUGAGGGUAACUGUGUUACUAACAUCAUCCCUCAUGGUAUUGGGAGCUGGCCUGAGAUGUGUUCCAGUUUCAGACCUAGAAAUUAGGAAGAAGCUGAUUCACGGAGGGCAGCUGUUGAAUGGCUUGGCGGGGCCAACUGUGAUGAACGCGGCGCCGUUUCUUUCCACAACGUGGUUUUCUCCGGAUGAACGUGCCACAGCAACUGCCAUUGCGUCGCUGCUCAAUUACCUGGGUGCCGCUGGCGCGUUUCUAGUGGGACCUCUUGUGGUGCCAUCCCCUAAUGGAACAUCUCACCUUCCACUGGCAUCGCAGAGCAACGCUGAGCACAUCAAGGACCGCAUUGAGGCUGUGCUGUAUGCAGAAUUUGGAAUGGUUUCCCUGAUAUUUUCCGCCGCGUUGGCUUACUUCCCCUCGCGCCCUCCAUUCCCUCCCAGUGUGGCUGCAGCAAGUCAACGGCUCAGCUACAGGAGAAGUUUCUGCAGACUCUUAAGCAAUUUCCGAUUCUUGAUGAUUGCUUUAGCCUAUGCUAUACCUCUGGGUGUUUUCUCUGGCUGGUCUGGUGUUCUGGAUUUGAUAUUAACGCCAGUUCACGUAAGCCAAGUAGAUGCAGGCUGGAUUGGAUUUUGGUCUAUAGUUGGAGGCUGUGUUGUUGGCAUAGCAAUGGCAAGAUUUGCAGAUUUUAUCAGGGGCAUGCUGAAGUUUAUACUGCUGCUGCUUUUAUCUGGAGCAACAUUAGCAUCAACCUGGUUCACUCUCACCUGUCUAACUAGUGUCACUCAUCUGCCUCUAACCACAGCUACACUGUACACGUCCUGCAUUUUGUUGGGUAUAUUCCUCAACAGCAGCGUACCAAUAUUCUUUGAGCUCUUUGUGGAGACAGUCUACCCUGUUCCAGAAGGAAUAACCUGCGGAGUUGUCACUUUUUUGAGUAAUGUGUUUAUGGGAGUGCUUUUGUUUUUCCUCACAUUUUACCAUACAGAGUUUUCCUGGUUCAACUGGUGCCUGCCAGGAUCAUGUCUGCUCAGCCUGCUCCUCAUCCUGUGCUUCCGUGAGUCCUACGACAGACUCUAUCUCGAUGUCGUCGUCUCUGUGUGAUAAGAGGGUUGGAAGAGACUGGAAGUUAACUUUGCAGUCUGCCCAUCUGCCUGGAUUUACAUGGUGGAACAGCAGAAAAACAGAGAAAUUACGAGACUUAAUCGUGACUUUAUUACAGAGGGUGAGGGACAGGCUGUUCCUGCAUUCAAGACCACCUUGAUUUGUGAUAAACAUGGAACUUUAGUGGUGAUAAUGAUGCCAAAAUGCACAAAAGAAUAUAUCUAAUGUAUAGGUCCUGGUGCCAGAGCUGGGGCUCUCUAUUUAAAAGGCUGUUGACGUAGCAGUGAGGUGUACAGUUUGUGUGUGUGGGUGUGCGUGUGUGUGUGCCAAGUCACAGUUACACACAUCAGGGUACCAGUAAUCUUUGGAGUCUUCUAUCAGAAUAGAAAUAAUGAAUAAUCUUAACAAAAGGGAAAAGAAAAAAGAUAAAAAGCAAAAAAAAACCCACCCAGUUUUGUUUUUUUAAAAGAGCUCCCUUUUAAAUCACUAGUCGUUUAACUAAUGAAUGUUCAUUAAACAGUUAAGCCAAAAUGAUUUGGUGCUUGUACACUACAUUUAUAUUCUAAUAAAGUGAUCUCUGAUAUAAGACACUGGUACCAGGGGUUUUAGCCAUACUAAAUAUCCCAAACAAUCCUUGCAGUUGUUAGAGGUGUUUGUUAUCACCCUGGAGCACAUGUAAAUGAUAGCUUUAGCUGCCACUGAAACCCAACUUUCACUCACAGUUGCCUCUGGAAUACCACUGUGGCUGUGUAUCUCCUGAAUACAAAGCAUCUGUGGUGUCUCAGAAGUUUACUGGAGAGUCACUGUUGAUAAAGGUUAAGGUUUUAAAGGCCACCACUGUGUCACCUUUUUAUCCUGCAUCUCCAGUACUGCCUUUUUUACUGUGAAGACCUGUUUGUGCCACUGAAUACUGUGGAAAUGGAUGUCCAAGACCCAUUAGUUCUCUUCUGAUACUCUAAGGCAUGUGUGUUUUUUUAGGAUUAGUUUAUGAUUGAGGGUGCCUAAACAAUAUUGUUUGUUAACUCAAAUCUUUAGAAUCACUGUUUGCUAAAAAAAAAAGUCUUUCUAGUUGAUGAGGUACCCUGAUGGCGGAAUGACAAUGAGAAAUAGCUCAUGAGUUUCGGCGUAAUAUAGGAAAUAUAAUGCCAGCUCUUUUUAGCAGUACUAAUCUAUGGUCAUUCUGGCCCUUACUUGAACAAAAAUAUUAAAGACACUUUGAAUAUUUUUAACUCAAUAUUUAAAUCUGCUAAUAAUUUCUUAAUUAUAUUCUUAGAUUUCAGUUCAGCAUCAUUUACAGUAUUUCCAUAUGUGUGUUCUGUGUUUUGUUAGGGGGGUGUGUUUGUGUGUGUGUGUGCGUACAUGUGCAUUUAUGUAUGCACAAAAAAAAACUUAUAUAUAUAUUUUAUAUAUAAGUUAUAUAAGGGUAUGUGUUUACAUAGGUUUAUUUUAAGUAAUCAUGUCUCUGGAUGGUGGUAUGCUGCAGUUUGUAACUAAACUAGUAACUGCUGUGAACGGAAAUGCAUACAUACACUGUCUGUGACACGACUUUUUUUCAGGGGGUGAAUGAUUUCCUAUCAUAGCAGUUUUAUCACGGGGUGUGUGCACGUGUUGGAGGAGGCUGGUGUGCAGGGUUCUGCUCCUGUAGAAGUCUGACUCAAACACCCUUUGCUCCUGUGUGGGCUCUUCUCUGCCACCCUGGGGUGACACCAACCCUGGAAGCUCACUCAAAUAAACCCUGAACUGAGCGCUACCUUUCAGACACAGAUCCAUUCAUUCUGUCUGCUCUGCUGUUGCAGGGAGAAUGUGCUACUAAUACCUUUAACUCAGGAGUGUAUCUGUGCAGUACAAUAAAAUGAGCUGUUCCCUCUUUUAUGUUUUCAGAGCAAUGGAUGUAUUUACUGUAGUAACAGAAAAUUGACUUAGCUCGUUGCCCGUAUCAGCUGCUAAAUGAUCUUUUCUGUCUUGAAGCAAGCUCUUCGUAGAAAUGGAUCUAACCUGCAUUGGGAUAACUAAAUCAAUCUAAGCAGCAUGUUCAGAUCUACUGGCAUCAUCCUCUUACUGUUUUUCAGAUGAAUGGUAUUGACAGUCCAACUUCCUUUUUUACUAUGUUUUAGUGCCUGAAAUAGUUUCAAUAUCUAGUAGCUGCUGCUACUUACUGUCUUCUGAAACCAAGGAUUGCUUGCCAAGUCUGGAGUUGCAUUGUCAUGGCAGAACUGGAAGCUUGGAUGGCUCUUUAGAGCUCUGCUGCUGCAAUUCACUGUAGCUAUAUUAAGAUUAAAAUUGCACAGCUCGGGCACUGUCCUGACUGACAGAGGUGUCUAAACCUUUCGCUGUUCCUGACUAUUUUAAGAUGGAGGAGCACUUCAGGCAAUAUUCAGGCUAUAACCUAUUUUGCCUCUGUUCCAGAAAGCAGUGAACAAUUCGAAAUACUUGUCUGCUGCCAAAUGCAGACUCUGUACAGCCACGGAAGAAGAGUGAACACCUUGUUUCAAACUGUGCUCUUUUUCUCAGUGUGAAUUGCUCACUGCUGUCCUGAAUUUUGAUGCUUUGGUAGAAGUUUCUGUGUGUGGUGGGUUGACCUGGACUGGACACCGGGUGCCCACCAAAGCCACUCUUACCACUUUCCUUCUUAACAGGACAGAGGAAAGAUAUUAUAACGAAAGCCUCAUGUAUCAAUAUAGGGACAUGGAGAAAUCACCAUUUACUGUCAAAGUAAAACAGACUCAACUUGAGGAAAUCAAAUCAAAGUAGGAUCAUGAGAAAUGAGACCAAAUCUUUAAACACCUUCCCACUCCUCCCUUCUUCCUGAGCCUAACUUUACUCCCAGUUUUUCUACCUCCUCCCUGCCAGCAGCGCAGGGGCAUGGAAAAUGGGGUUAUGGUCAGUUCAUCACAUGUUGUUUCUGCUUCUCCUUCCUCCUUAGGGGAUUACUACUCACACUCUUCUCCUGCUCCAGUGUGGAGUCUCUCCCGCAGGAGACAGUCUUCCAUGAACUUCUCCAACGUGAGUCCUUCUCACGGUCUGCAGUUCUUUAUGAACUGCUCCAGCAUGGGUCAUUUCCAUGGGGUGCAGUCCUUCAGGGACAGACUGCUCCAGUGUGGGUCCCCUGCGAGUCACAAGUCCUGCAGCAAACCUUCCCCCAGUGUGGACUCCUCUCUCCAUGGGCCACAGGUCCUGCCAGGAGCCUGCUCCAGCAUUGGCUUCCCAUAGGGUCACAGCCUCCUUGGUCACAGUCUGUCUUGGAUCCAGCUGGCAUUGGCUCUGUUGGACAAGGGGGAAGCCUCUGGCAGCUGCUCAUAGAAGCCACCCUUGUAGCUCCCCCACUACCAGAACUUUGCCACACAAAACCAAUAUACUGUAUUGGGCACUGUAGUGUGUGGUCCUAGUUAUAGUCCUCCAUGCGUCUGCACCAAAAUGGAGAUGUUAUCCAGAGCUGGGCGGUGCAGCAGGGCUCUGCUGGAGACCUGCGCUUAGUUUUCAGUCAGGGCUCAACCAGAGGUUGCAGUAUGUCUGAGGGAAACCCAAAGGAUUGCUCCCAAAUUAGUUGAAGUUGUGCAGGACACUGCUGCAUUCCAUAGACGGUGUUCAGGCCCAAGGAUUUUAUUAGAUUAGCAAGUCUGGCUCAGGGCAGAGGUGAGGAUUGCGAAUGUGCUUACUGAGAUCUCUGAAAAACAUUUUAUCCCCAUCUGUGCCCAGCAGCAGCAUCCUUCUGUGGAGGAGCAUUCUAUUCCAUGUCAUUAACUCCACCCGUGGGAGUAUUUUUUGGAUAAGGGCUACCAGUAGGUCUCCCCUUGUUUGGAUUUACUGAGGGUCCAAGCUAUAAGGAUAACUGCACUUUACUGGAAAUCAGUUUGAGACUGCAGGGAGAGCCCUAAGCAGUGCUGAUACAAUUGACUGUAGUGCAGAAUAGGUGCAGAACAGUAUUUCUCAUUAAUUAGUGAAAAUCCUAAGUCUCUGUAACUCCUGAGUCAGUAACCACAGGGGUUUUUAUCUAAAUGAGGUAUUACCUUGCACUGCUGUGGAGUGGCUGACACUGGCUGAUGCUUGUGCUGUGACUGCCAGCAGAGCAAGGUGCCCUGGGCAGUCACAAUAUUUGUUUCUCUUCAUGGCCUGUAAGUUCACGGCCCUGAAGAACACUUUUUUUCCAGCAGAGCAGAGCCCUCUAACAUCUAAGUAGUUGUGCUAUGCUUUAUGUUGAUAAUGCUAGGAAGGAUGCUCUGCAGUGACUGCUCUCUCUUAAUGGUUCUUCAUUUUCAGUAUGGGCUGCUCUUCAGGUUUCUGCUUGGCUCGGUAACAACUCUUAGUUCAGCUUCCAGUGCUGCUGGGUUUUCUUCUUGAGAGCUGUGGAGCUGUGCAAGCUUUCAUGCUGCUAAUGAGGAAGCUCAGGGUUAGUAGAUGUAGGCUCCGCUUAGGGCACAGUUUACUGCCUCAUCCCUGCUGUUACCCAUUAAUUUCCUUUCGAUUCCUUCACCCUCCCGCAGGGCCACCUGCUUCCCUGAGCUGGAGGAAUGGAGAAGAGCUGCUGCACUCCCAAGUCAGCUUUAGAGGGAUGGAUUGGCCAAUUGUGUACUUGAUAUACAUAAAGAUAGUGAUGUUUAGAGAAUCAUGCAAGCUGGAAAAAGUGCAGACCCAAAGGAUUUUGCACAUAUGUGAACAGAUAUAGUCUGUUAUGAGCAGACUGUAGUUUGCCUGAAGCUUGUAAUUUUAGCUCCCAUACCUAGAGAUACCAAGCUGACAGGCACCAGGUAUGUUAGGUACUCAGGUUCACAGGAUCAUGGAGUUACUCCCAGCUAUCUGGCAAAGCUGAAGUGGGUGGGAAUGGUUCAACUUUAAUCUUGGAGAAGGCUGGAAUACCCCAGGCUGCAUCAGUGUUUGUGCUGGUUAUUCAGGGGCUUGCCAGGCUUGUGGAUUGAGUAAGGGGAGGAGGUUGCCAGAGGGCUUUUCAACACUGAAAUACUGCAUUGAAUUGAUCAAAUCCGUAUAAAAUUUGAACAGGGAUGUUAAUGCUUCGCUUGUUCUAUAGUAAACUUGGUGACUGCAUAGCCAUACACUGCAAUAUAAAGAGGCAGAAUUGAUUAAUAUGUGUAUAGUGGCUGUUCCUAGAAAGGGAAGUGAUAUUUAAUUAUGUGGAUUGACUGAGAUAUGAAUGGGAAUUGCACAGUGGAUAUAACUGUCCUUUGAUGCUAUGGCAGCAGGGUUCUAAUUGUUCAUCUUCAUUUCUUCCAUUGGGUCACUUGCAAAUAUGAAAGAGUAUCCAUAACAAAAGCACAUUUAUAUUUGUUAGUUUGGGGAGUUGUCCUUUAUAUUAGGUAUGUGUCAUUGUCAUAACUUAGCAAGACAACUGCUAGAGUGGUAUGAAAGCAUACAUGAAUAUUGGGCGUUAAUUUGGUAUUUAAUGUUGGCGUGUCCAUUCUCAGUGUUGUCGAAGCACCAGGCUUGAGGAGCAGGGAUGUGGUGUGUGCGAGGAGGCAGCAGUGCUUAUGGAUACACAGUCGUGCAAGGGUAGAUGCUGACCCUCCCAAAACAAACAAGAGCUUAAUCAUCUUAUGUGGGUCCCCUCAUUGGGGCUGGGAGGAGGAGAACAGCAUAUGUAGAGGAAAAGCUGCCUUGGGGCUGCUGCCUCCCUUCCAACAGAGGGAGAGCCUCCAGGCUUACAUAUGAGAGAUUAUCAGUGUCAACACAGGCUUCAUUCAUUUCCCUGCAGCCAUUGUGCUGUAAGGCAGGUUGUAGGUGGCAGAGGAAGCCUUGCUUCCUCCAGGAGUGCAAUUUCAGGCAGCAGAGGAGCAUUGGCACAGAAGAUGAUGUUAAUCUGCUUAUAUUUUUUGCAGUUCGUGUUUCAAGACAAGUGAAACUAAUAAAUAGAGGAAGAAAUGUAAUUGUCCAAGGUUUUGACAAGCAAAAGCAAGUAUUUGUGCAGUUGUGCUGGCUCCUGCCUUUUACUUGGGAUUGCAGAGUGUUGGGAGCAAUUCAUGCCCUCAUGGAGUGUGGGCCCACUCUUGCAGCCCUGUCAUUCAUCCUGCUGCUGCUCAGCUGCAGCAGUGCUGUGGGAAGCUUUGUGCCUGAACUGGGGGGGGGGGAGGGGGGCAGCGAUUGGGGCAGAGGGGGAGAAGGGAAGCGCUGCAUCCAGGAUGCCGAGCAGUGUGACCCUGGUAGGUUACUUGUGCAGGAGGGAUGUCUUCUGCAACCUCAGUUAAGCAGAGUCUCAUUUUCUGGUUCCUCAAGGAUGAGGUUCUGACCUUCGUUUUGUGUUUGUGACAUGAUUUGUGCCGCAGGAACAGCUGGGGCACGUGGCUUAGAGGCGCCAGUUUUCCAGGGUGUGGCAGAGAAGGCAGGUAGGACUUGCUGUCUGCAAUAACAGCUUUUCCUUUUUCACGGUCUCUCUCCUCACUGGCUCCCCGCAUGUGAUUUCUCUGCUUUUACAUCUUGUCAGACACUUGCUUUGUGUUAUUACAUGAGGAAAAUACCGUGAGCAAAACCUUGCUUUCUUUAUGGGGAGCUUAUCUCUUUUGGCUCAGGCCACUUCUCUGACCUUAGCCCAUCUGUUUGUAAAAGCCAAAACUACCCCAACCCCAUGUUUUCCUGGGUAUGUGCAGGUUUGUGCGGUGCUGGAAUGAGUAGCGAGAGCCCAGGUGAUGUGCUUGCUCAGUCACAGAAUGACUCAGAGGCUUGAGGAAGAGAUGCUCAUGCAUAGGGUGCCUCGCUCUCCCCACCUGUAAAAGGGGAGAGGGUGCCUCAUGUCCCUCCUCAGGCAGGGGAGGUCAGGGCUGGGAAGUGCUGUGGGAUCCUGUGAGGGAUGGUAGCUGGAGCAGGGGGUGGGGAAUGCCCUGGUUAAUGGGCUGCAUGUCCUCAUCCUUUCGAGCCUUCUGUGUGGAGUGCAGACCCUGGUUUUCUCUGCAUGGCCAGCAUAAUCUAUAAGGCAUAGACUGUAUGUACUGUGAGGGUAAAACCCCCCUCUGGCAGACAGGUUACAUUAACAAACUGGUGGGAAAUGGUAAUGCUUAGGGAAGGGAUGCUCGGAGAAACAGUCUGCCUCGGGCAGUCAGGGGGUGAGAUGCCUCCAGGCUGGAGGCAUCUCUGGAUGUCCUGGAUGUGCAGUCAAAGCCACGAUGCAAACUCAGAGCUGGCUGCCUUGCUCCUGCCCCUGCCGUGUCCCGACCUUUCUGCUGCCCUCCAGCACCUGGACUGAGAAAGUACAAGGCAUCCCCGCGGGCAGCAGGGCACUGGCUGCUGCUCCCCCCAGGCACAACAAUGUGUUUUCCAAGUACGUUUAUUUUCUCUGCCUGUGAUAUUUGCUAGAUUAAAAUCUCUUUUUCCCCGAUCAAGUUUAAUGUUUUCUGCUGUGCAUUUGAGAAAAAAGUACUUGAUAAGGUGCAAAAACCCAACUUUUAAUUAAGUGAUGCACCUAGCGGGGUUUUCUGAGCUGUGUGAACAUGCAGAGAAGGAAAAGGGUUUUACAUGUUGGAGAGCAUCUUUGUAAACUAUCCUUGACCUGUAAGACUGUUAGAUUUUACUGGAGUUUGUAUGCAUUUUACUUUUGUAAUUUUUUAAAUGAUUUGAUAGAAUUUUAUUUUAGGGCAAAUUCUACUUUUUGUAUGCAAUAUUCUGAUGCGGUGUAUUUUUAUGUUUGAGGAAAUGAUGUUGAAACCACUAUAUACUUGUCAUGUAACACAUCCACUGUGUCAUUUCUUUCUAAAACUGGAAUCUGACCAUGAAGUGCGUGUUACUUUACGUACUGGUUGUUGCACAUUAAAGAGGUUACUCAGA